UCGCUGCCGCUGCUCGUGGUGGGAGCCUGACAGGAGGAGCCUCCAUUACAUCUGUUCUUUUCCGUUACCCCGCAGCUAGCAGCAGCUAAUCUGCGGGGCCAGCGCAGGUGGCCUGGGAAGCCCAGAGAAUAGUGCAGUGGCAGCGGCAGCCGGCGCUCUCCUCCUCCCCCACAAGAUUCUUCUGCUCCGCGGCAAGCAUGAACACUGUCCUGGUGCCCAUACGCGCACGCAGAAAAUGCCGGUAAUCAAUAUAGAAGACCUCACAGAGAAAGAUAAAGCGAAAAUGGAAGUGGAGCAGCUGAAGAAAGAGGUGAAGCUGGAGAGGCAGCUGGUUUCUAAAAUGUGUGAAGAAAUCAAGAAUUAUAUUGAAGGGAACUCUGGAGAAGACCCCCUUGUAAAGGGCAUCCCUGAAGACAAAAACCCAUUUAAGGAGAAAGGAGGAUGUGUCAUUGCUUAAACCCCCUAGGACUGUUCUCUUCAGUCAAGACAUGGUGUAGAUAUCUCUUUAUGGCUCCGCUGGCACAUUUAUAGCCCCCAAUGCUGCACUGCAUGGAACACAAGCGAGGACUGUAUGUAAUUCCCACACUUCUGCACUCUGCAUGUACCCACCUUGGGCUUUAUGGUCAAAGCACAGAGAACGUUGUGAAUGUGUCUGACUUAGCCCUAGGUGUAACAAGUUUGUUUUACGGGUCGUACUAGAUUGGUUUAAUAAAAUAUGUGUCUGUUAAUCAAAUUCAGAACCUUUAUUCUAGAAUAAAAAUGUAAUAAGGAUGUAUUGUUACUUGGUGAUAUAUUAUCGCAUUACAGAGAUACAAUGGCA